AGGCUCUCCUUUUCCACGGUCCACGAAGGGGACCCCCUCGAGGGGCAAGUAUCACCGUCCAGGGGACGGUGAUCAAGGUGCAGGCCCAGAUGAAGUACCUGGGCCUGAUCCUGGACGGACGAUGGAGCUUCAGGCAGCAUUUCGCUCAACUCGGGCCGAAGCUCAUCAACGCCGCUGCCGCCCUGGGACGCCUCCUACCAAAUGUGGGAGGGCCGGGAUCGCUAUGUCGGCGACUAUAUGCCGGUGUAGUGAGGUCAAUGGCGCUGUACGGUGCCCCGAUUUGGAUAGACGCCCUCACCGCUGGCAAUCGGGCCCUCUUGCGGAAACCGCAGAGGGUCAUAGCAGUGAGAGGUAUAAGAGGGUACCGUACGGUGUCAUGGACUGCGGCGACACUUCUCGCGGGUGAUCCACCUUGGGAACUCCAAGCAGAGGUGCUCGCAGAGAACCAGCUACCAUCAGGUGGUUCUACAACACCCACGCACCUAAAGUGGUACCAUUGCAAGACGCACUCGGGCGAAUCGCAGCCGAUCAUGGGCGUGUCAUCACUUUUCCCACAAAAACAAUAA